CUGACCUUAGACCCUCUCUUAGGACCAAUCGGUGGUGGCUUGGGUUUGGUGGCAGUAGCUCCAUCCGGAGCAGCGGCAGCUGCCGGAGAAUCUUUUGAAGAAGAGGAAGCCGGAGCAGGAUCUUCGGCUGCCCUGACUACGAGCCUAGAACCGGCGUUUCUCAUCGGCAAGAAAGACACGGAGCUCCUGGACGACGAAGCGCCGGCGACCGAGGUGACAUUGGCCGGUAGAACAAAUACCGUAGAUGCUGUCGUCAUCGCCAUCUCUGUUGCCAAAGAUCUAUAA